UUGGCAGUUAUGCGUCAUACCGCCCAUUACGUUUUACAUCAACGACAAGUUUUCUCUUCAUUUAGUGUCGUUGGAAAACCACGUGGAAAAUGAAGUAAUUUACGGUGAAACGAAGCGAUCGUGAGGAAAUUAUUAUUUAAGAUGAACGAUACGGAGAAAAAGCGAUUGUCUUUUACCCUGUCUGUGCCAAAAAUUGCUGAAAAGCAAGUUAAAAGGCACAGUAUCCAUGGGAUUACAGAAGAAAUAGAUAUCGUGAAACCUCAUCAAGAAAUUGGUCAUUUAUCGACAGCAGAAAAACAAUAUUUACUCGCCGUCGAAAGAGGAGAUGUCACCACUGUGCACAAUUUUUUGAUGCAAAACAAAGCAGAUGAAAUUUUAGGCAAACCACAACACGAACGCACUUUGAAUAUAAAUUGCGUAGAUCCUUUGGGAAGAUCAGCUAUAUUUAUGGCAAUUGAUAAUGAAAAUUAUGAAAUGUUGAAGCUACUCGUCGAUCAUAAUGUCGAAACCAAAGAUGCUCUAUUAUACGCUAUUUCCGAAGAAUUCGUCGAAGCUGUCGAACUCUUGCUGAACUAUUUGGAAAAAAAUCGUAAACCAGGAGACCCUCACAGUUGGGAACAGCAUUCCCAAGAUACUAAUAUGUUCACUCCAGACAUCACGCCUUUGAUUUUAGCAGCUCAUCGAGAUAAUUAUGAAAUUAUAAAAAUAAUACUAGAUAGAGGAGCUCGUCUUCCUAUACCACACGAUAAUAGAUGCAGUUGUUACGAUUGCAUUGAAUCAAGAUCAACAGAUUCUUUGCAGUAUUCACAUUCUCGUUUAAAUGCAUAUAAAGCUUUAUCAAGCCCAUGUUUGAUUGCCCUAUCUUCAAAAGAUCCUGUCCUGACAGCUUUUGAGCUUUCAUGGGCGUUACGUAAAUUAAGUAUAGAAGAACACGAAUUUAAAGCUGAUUACGAAGAAUUACGAUAUAAAUGUCAAAAUUUCGCCACCGAUCUCUUGGACCACACGAGAACAUCGGGGGAGUUGGAGAUCCUUUUGAAUUACGAUACGAAAAUGGAUUUCAAAGAGACGGAUAAAGUUAUGCAUCUGGCACGUCUGAAAUUAGCCAUAAAGCUCAAACAAAAAGAGUUUGUAGUCCAUCCUAACGUGCAACAGUUGCUGGCAUCUAUUUGGUAUGAAGGGUUACCUGGCUUCAGACAAAAGCAUUCGUUGUUACAAGCUUUGGAAUGUUUGAAAAUUGGACUGAUGUUUCCAAUUUUUUCUGCCAUAUAUAUUUUGACGCCGUGCCCUUCUGUUAGAAGAUUACUGAAGACACCGUUUAUAAAAUUCAUUUGUCAUUCGGCUGCGUAUUUUUUAUUUUUAUUUUUAAUUAUUUUAACUUCUUUCGAGCCAAUCAUUCAAGGAUAUAAGAAGUAUUUGAUGUAUUUAAUCGGAGCUUUCGUACUAGGGUUAUUAUGGAAUGAAAUUAAAUCUUUAUGGACAGAUGGUUACACCGAAUAUGUCUCAGAUAUGUGGAAUUCGAUGGAUUAUGUGACCACUUCUUUGUAUCUCUGUGUCAUGGCUAUACGGAUAUUUUUGACUGCUACCGAGAAAGGGAGGCAAGCAUGGGACACUAAAAGAAUUCAUUAUGAUAAAUAUCAUCCUACGGUGGUUUCCGAAGCUCUGUUCUCCACAGCGAAUAUUGUCAGUAUUUUAAAAUUAGUAUACAUAUUUUCGAUUAAUCCAUACCUGGGACCUUUACAAAUAGUACUCGGUAGAGUAAUUCUAGACAUAGCGAAAUUUUUCUUGGUAUAUGUGCUCGUUUUAUUCGCAUUUUCGAAUGGAAUGCAUCACUUGCUCGUAAAAUACUCAAAUAUCACAAUGAAUGCAUGUAUCAAUUCGACUGAAAAAAAUGAUGGAGACAUAAAAUUAUACGACUCCGAUAUGUGUAAGAAUAAAGAAUACUGGAAAUUUAUAAAUUUAUUUGAAAUAACUCAAACGUUAUUCUGGGCAGCUUUUGGUGAUAUAGAUUUAAAACGAUUCAAUUUAGAAAAGAUCACCCCUUUUACGAAAUUCUGGGGUAUGCUGAUGUUCGGUUGUUAUUGUGUGAUCAGCAUAGUCGUAUUGCUCAAUUUAUUAAUCGCCAUGAUGAAUCAUUCUUACGAAUAUAUUUUUAAACACGCCGAUAUCGAGUGGAAAUUCGCCAGGAGUAAACUGUGGAUAAGUUAUUUCGAAGAAGGGGGCACAGUUCCUGUACCAUUCAAUAUAAUCCCAUCGCCAAAGUCGUUCUGGUAUGUGUUCAGAUGGAAUUACAGAAAAUGUUGCCCAAAGCGUAAAGAAGACGAAUUUCGCUCAAAAUCUGUUUACAUGCGUCAAAUGUCAUUAAAUCAAGUCAGAUAUCGAAAUGUGAUCAAAAAUCUCGUCCAACGGUACGUGACAUCGAGACAGAAAAGAGGAGGUGACCAUUACGGCGUUACUGAAGACGAUAUUAACGAAUUGAAACAAGAAAUUUCCACAUUUAGAAGCGAUUUGUACGAAAUAUUGAGAAAUUAUGGAAUGAAAACUAAUCCUCUUGGUGAUAGUAGUUCAGGAGCAAUCAGUCGAAAAAUUCGUUCCAAACAACGGCUUUUCAAUACAGAAUUCUCUCAGUCGAUUUCCGACUCCGUUGAUCUCUCCGAAGCCGAACUUGAACGUCAAGUACAAAACGACAGAGAUGAAAGAAAAGCCUACGAAGGAAAAUACGCCUUAUCAGAUUUAUUCCAACCAAUUUUCCAUGCAACUGCUCCCAUAAAUAUAUUUAAUAAGAAAAAAUUCAAAAAUGUUUUCAUGAAAGCCGUCUCGAAAGGAAAUGAUUUCGGUGACGAACCCGACAGCGAGAGUGAUUACGCUAAAACGCCCGAAUUCGAACAGGCAGAAAAAUCUGAAAUUAAUGAAGAUCGAGAGGUAUCUCCUCAAGUAGAAAUUUGUAUCAGCGAUGAAGAUGGAAAUGUCGAAGAAAAUGAUACUAGUAUUAAAUUUAUCGAUGAAUCAUUACACUAAGUUAUUGUUUGUUUUUCUUUUUUUACUCGCAGCGGUUUUUUUAUAGCUUGUAUUGUAAUCAGUGAUUAAAUACACAUUAUCAAUUAAA